GUCGCAAGCCACGCGAAUCGACACCAAGCUCCAAACUGCAGUUUCGUCCGCGACCGUUCUUGGGAAGCUCCGUCUCGACUCGGACCAAGUGUUGUGCUUGGUUCUGGCCAUAUAAUGGAUGGUGGGCGGACCUUGAGAUCCAUGGCGCGAAGCCCUUGUUGUCCCUCUCCCACUCCUCCAUAACUCGAAUCCGUCCAUCCGCUGUCUUGCGACCAUGGCUCUUGCCUUGCCAGCCUCCACCGCAGCCCUCGCAGCGCCGACUGCUUUGGCCGGACUAGCCUACCUCAAUGCCCGCUGGCGAGUCUCGGUCGACUUGGAGCUCAUCCUCAGUUUACUUGCGUCCCAGAGAGCCUUUGCAAAGAGAGAGGCAGCAGAUCGGGCCAACUCCUUCUACCUUCUCGAAGGGCAUGCGCACAAUCCAAAAGUCGCAGACAAGGCCUUCAUCAUCUACCAGGGCAAGACAUGGACCUUCAAACAGACAUACGACAUGGUACUGCGCUAUGCGGGAUACCUGCACACCACUCACUCUGUCCUUCCAGGCGAGAUCGUCGCCAUGGACUUUAUGAAUUCCCCUCAAUUCCUCUUCCUGGCCAUGGCUUUGUGGUCCUUGGGCGCCCUGCCGGCCUUUAUCAACUACAACCUGACCUCGACCUCGUUCGUCCACAGCGUGAAAACCUCCUCUGCGAGACUGUUGAUUGUUGAUCCUGAAAUUGAGUCCAAAGUCCUGACCGAGGAGACGAAGAGCGUUUUCUCUGCCCCCAAUUUCCGCAACAACGCGUUCCCUCUGGAGGUGGCCGUUUUGACCACCGGCCUCCAAUCGUCUCUGAAAUACUUCCCUCCCUACCGUGCACCUGACUCUGCUCGAUCUGGUGUGGUCGGCCGUGCUCCAUGCGUCCUGAUAUCGACGUCGGGGACGACCGGUCUUCCGAAGGCGGCAAUCGUGCCUUGGGACCGUACGGUUGUUGGCUCCGGUCUUGUUUCGCGCUGGAUAAAUCUUCGCCCCGUCACAUCAUCCAAUCCAGACAGGUAUUACACUUCUAUGCCACUGUAUCACGCCUCCGCCUUCCAACUGGGCUUCCACUGCUGUCUUAUCCGAGGGUGUACGUUGGUGCUGGGCCACAAAUUCUCCGUCUCAAACUUUUGGGACGAGGUGAUCGCGGCAGACGCCACGGCCAUCCAAUACGUCGGAGAAACCCUGCGUUACCUGCUCGCCGUGCCACCUCAGGCAGAUGACCGCACAAAACACAAAGUGCGUCUCGCGUUCGGUAACGGCCUUCGACCAGAUGUAUGGGACAAAUUCCGCGCACGGUUUGGAGUUGAGACGGUGGCCGAGUUCUAUGGCGCCACCGAAUCCGCCGGCGCGAGCUUCAACAUCUCACGCAACACUUUCUCGUCAGGCGCAAUAGGCCAAGCUGGUCUUCUGGGCAGUCUGCUCAUGAAGUUGAGGCAGACCAUCGUCAAAGUGGACUGGGAAACAGAAGCGCCUUACCGAGAUCCCAAGACAGGGUUUUGUAUCCCCGUACCUCGGGGUGAACCAGGCGAACUACUCUACAAGGUCGACCCUGCAGACAUUGGUGCCAAGUACCAAGGGUAUUUUGGCAACAAGAAGGCUAGUGACUCCAAGAUCUUGAGAGACGUACUGAAGAAGGGCGACGCUUGGUUCCGUUCGGGAGACGUGAUCAAACUCGACAGUGAAGGACGCACCUGGUUCAUGGAUCGAAUCGGCGAUACCUUCCGUUGGCGCAGCGAGAACGUGUCCACCGCCGAAGUAGCCCAGGUCCUGGGUGAACAUUCAGCUGUUCUUGAAGCGAAUGUCUACGGGGUGGCAAUACCUCAUCACGAAGGCCGCGCAGGGUGCGCCGCUGUUUUGCUCAAAGACAUCAGCUCCAGCACGACGCCUGUUCCAGAAACUCUACUCGAAAGUCUAGCCACUUACGCGAGGAACAGUUUGCCUAGAUAUGCGGUGCCCGUGUUUCUUCGAGUAGUGACGCAAGUCAUGGCGACGGGAAAUAACAAACAGCAAAAACAUGUCCUCAGGCAGGAAGGAGUUAAUCCGGAAAAGGUCGGCGAAGACAGGUUGUUCUUCUUGAGGCCAAACAGCCAGCGCUAUGAGCCUUUUAAGAAGAAGGAAUGGGAGACUGUAAAGAUGGGAAAGGUCAAAUUGUGAAGCGAUCAUCGAGCUAAGAGAAGGUAAAGCACAGAGUCAGUGGGUCGUGUUUCCCAGCGGGAAAGCUUGAUUAAUCGCAUUGGAUGUGGUCGCAACAAGAAUUUCCACUUCGAUACAUUGUCCGGUGGACAGAAGCUCCGACCUAUAUACAUAUUGAAUGAUGAUACCCUGGAGUUGGGCGAGUAUGGAGGAAAUAAAUGACCGACGUGCACGGGCAGACACGAUUUCAUGACCAUUUCGGACGAUAUGGACAGGGCAGUAACAGGGCGUACAACAUGCAUACACGGAUAGUGAGCCGCGAAGACGCAAGCAACCUGUACCUGAAAUGUAAUCAGCAGCAUUAGAGGCCACUAGAGGGGCUAUCAGAGGCCAUCUGGGGAGAGUCGAUCGAGCACACAUCAAUCAACAGCGCAUUCGCAUUUCACUAUUAAAGCACCCAAGACGAGGAGUGUGGAAUUGAUCAAAGCAUAGCAUAGCAUAGCAUAGC